AAUGUGGUAAUUUCUCGCACAUCUUUUGGCCAAAACCGAAACUUGAGAAAAUCAUUUUCCAAUGGGGUGCCAGUUUUUCCUCCUUUUUCUUCCACCUUAAUCCUUCCUUCCCUCUCUCAUUCAAUUCCUAUCCGCAUUUCAGAUCUAGGAACAUAAUCCAUUUGAGUUCCUCGCUCUCUGUUGUUAGAGAACAAGGAGCUCCAAUUGGUCCAUAUUAUUAUCAUUAACUGUUUAAGGGUUACAGAAGCAGAAGAAUGGGGCUAGUUGGGGUCCAAGAAAACGGGAAUGAGGACGGGAUAUCUGAGAUUCCGAUGGGUGCCAAAACGAAAUACAUCAAGAUGACCUCUGAUCCACUUGAGGAAGACCAAGUUUUGCAGAACAAGAAGCACGAGACCAAGAAAUAUAUCUUUGCAUGCGCCGUUUUCGCCUCUCUCAAUUCCGUGCUUCUCGGCUAUGAUGUGGGUGUUAUGAGUGGAGCAAUUAUAUUCAUUCAGGAGGAUCUGAAGAUAACUGAGGUUCAGCAAGAAGUACUCGUUGGAAUUUUGAGCAUAAUAUCCCUGUUGGGUAGUUUAGCAGGUGGAAAGACAUCUGAUGUGCUCGGUCGAAAAUGGACAAUUGGUUUGGCAGCAGUUAUCUUCCAAACAGGUGGAGCUGUUAUGGCUCUUGCUCCAUCCUUUAAAGUAUUGAUGAUAGGCAGACUCAUGGCUGGGGUGGGUAUAGGUUUUGGUGUCAUGAUUGCACCUGUCUAUAUUGCUGAAAUUUCUCCAGCCAUUGCUAGGGGAUCUCUUACCUCUUUUCCCGAGAUAUUUAUAAAUUUUGGAAUCCUUCUUGGCUACAUAUCAAACUACGCAUUUUCAGGGCUUCCGUCACAUAUAAAUUGGAGGGUAAUGCUUGGUGUGGGACUUCUCCCUUCAGUUGUUAUUGCUCUUGCACUGUUUGUCAUACCAGAAUCCCCAAGAUGGCUAGUGGUGCAGAAUAGGAUCGAAGAAGCUAGAGUAGUGUUGUUAAAGAUAAAUGAUAGUGAGAAGGAGGCUGAAGAAAAGUUGCAAGAAAUUCAGGUAGCUGCUGGAUCAGCUAACGCUGACAAGUAUGAAUCAAAAGCUGUCUGGAAAGAAAUAUUGUGCCCUACUCCUCCUGUUAGAAGAAUGCUCAUAACUGGUUGUGGAAUUCAGUGUUUCCAACAGGUUACAGGCAUAGAUACAACUGUAUAUUAUAGCCCCACAAUUUUCAAGAAUGCGGGGAUUACCAGCAACUCUGAGCUUCUGGCAGCAACAGUUGCUGUUGGGUUCACCAAAACUCUCUUCAUCUUGAUAGCUAUAUUUCUUAUCGACAAAUUGGGGAGAAAGCCUUUGCUUUACGCAAGCACAAUUGGGAUGACGGUAUGUUUAUUUAGCCUGAGCUUGUCUCUAGCUUUUCUGAGUCAUGCAAAAGUUGGGAUCGCAUUAGCAAUUCUUGCAGUGUGUGGAAAUGUAGCUUCCUUCUCAGUGGGACUUGGCCCCAUAUGCUGGGUCCUGUCAUCUGAGAUAUUUCCAUUGAGACUUAGAGCUCAAGCAGCAGCUCUUGGAGCAGUGGGAAGUAGGGUCAGUAGUGGUGCAAUCUCCAUGUCCUUCCUCUCAGUCUCUCGUGCAAUCACGGUAGCAGGAACAUUCUUUGUUUUUGGUGUUAUUUCAUGUUGUGCUGUCGCCUUUGUUCAUUAUUGUGUGCCAGAGACUAGAGGAAAGACUUUGGAGGAAAUUGAAGUACUCUUCAAAGACGAGGAUGAUUUGGAAGAAAGUGAGGUAGAAAUGGGAGAUGUAGAGCGUCUGAUGCAGAAGUCAUGAGUUGGUAGCAUACCAAAUCUUUAAACUAAAAUCCUUGAUAUGUCAAAGCUAGUACUAUACUGGUUUGGUUCUUUUGUAAUAGCGGGCAUUUCUGCUUUUACAUCAUAGAAGGAUUUGUUCUAAAUAGAGAGGGACAUGGUUUACAUUUAUUAACAAAACAAGGAGAAACAUGACCUGUGUUGCCCUUCAAGCUACCAGCACCAAUAUAAGCUUUAGUAGCAUAUCUUAGUGUUUGCAUGUAUUCUAUUUAUUUUUUACAGACUGUUGAAGAUGAAUUCAUAUAGAAUUGUUUCAUGGAGCCAUAAUUGGAAUUGUAUUGUCUCUUUUGCAUCA